AUGUUGGAGCGUAAGCGACGAAGAGUAGUCAAAGCUGGUGUUGAACCACAUCUUCUCAUCCGCAGACGUCCGAUUCGGGUAGUGAGUUGUCUGAAAGAGCUUUUGCCCGGACCAACGUGCGGGAUACAAGGAUGUCAUGAGUCAGUUCUGGCUCAGCAAAAGCAGGGAGUCUAUCCCCUGAAUCCACCUGCGUCUCUGAACAAUCACAAGAAGCUCCUUUCUCUACACUGGACGUCGGAGUCACCCAGUGGAGGGUACCGUAACGAAAUAGACCACAUCAUCGUCAAUAAAAGGUUCUGCCUAGCGGACGUCGCUGUUGUACCAAAGUUCUAUACGGGAUCGGACCAUCGCCUCCUCCGAGGAAGAUUUUCCUUCACAAAUAAAGAAGAGAAAACCGCCAAGUUCAGAGAGAAAGAGAGAGAAAGAAAUCCCAGAACUAUCAUCAACUGGGAUUUCUUCGCCAUGCUAGCCGGCUUUUGGGAAGAUUCCGCAAUGGACGACAUCCACGAGGAAUAUGACCGGUUCGUUGAAAACCUUCACGACUCUUUCGUGUCUUUUAAAACUCUUGAGCUGAUACGCCAGCGUGGAGCAGCACGUAGAGCAGGGAAACAGGAACCUCCGAGCUCGCAAGGCUUUGCAGAGAGGCGAUAA